AUGACUAACGAAAGUUAUAUAUCAGAAUAUUUUAAAUUUAAUAAUCUGACAUCAGAAUACAACGACAAUGUACAUUCGCUGAAUUCUACCUUUUCAACUAAAAACUUGUGCGGUACCACAAAUAAUUACUUAUUUAAUUCAAGUUUUGGAAUUGAAACUGCAGUUCCAGAAUGGGAAGCGGUGACCACAAUUUUGGUUUUAACAACUGUAAUAGUUGGUACUAUUUUCGGAAAUGUUCUGGUUAUAUUGGGUGUUUUUACAUAUAAACCUUUAAGAAUAGUGCAAAAUUUUUUUAUAGUGUCGUUAGCAGUAGCAGAUUUGGCAGUGGCGGUGUUAGUGAUGCCUCUUAACGUAGCAUACUGGACACUGGGCAAAUGGCUCUUAGGCAAACAUUUGUGCAAAAUGUGGCUUACUUGUGACAUAAUGAGUUGUACGUCAUCCAUUUUAAACCUGUGUGCUAUAGCUCUCGAUAGAUAUUGGGCUAUUACAGAUCCAAUAAAUUAUGCUAAUAAGAGAACUUUGAAAAGGGUAAUGUUCCAAAUAACGGGUGUUUGGAUUUUGUCACUCAUGAUAAGCUCUCCACCUCUCUUAGGAUGGAAUGAUUGGCCAGAAGAAUUUACUACUGAGACUCCAUGCCAGCUAACAUCGGAACCGGGCUAUGUGAUAUAUUCCUCCUUUGGUUCAUUUUUCAUUCCUUUGUUUAUAAUGACCAUAGUUUAUAUCAAAAUAUAUGUAGCUGCCAGAAAAAGAUUGAGAAAACGUAUAUUAAUUUCUCGGAUGCAUAUACCGGCUGUUAAUGGCACCAAUCAAGAAGACAGCCAGGAGAGAGACGAAUCGGAUAACGACUCUGAUAGCGGAGAAAGUUUUAAACGGCAACGAAGAGCAUUUAUGGAUAUAAAGAAAAACUUUUUUGCACCACUUUUGUUAAUGAAUGAUCCAAUAACGAGACAAAGAAUUGAAACUAGUAUUCAACCACUACAAUCAAAUCAAUCUUCAGCUGAAAGUUAUAAAAAUUACACUACAAAAGUACUCGGGUCAUUCAGAAAACUAAGCCAUAAAAAUAAGAAACAUGAAAAACCUCUGAUAUCAAGUAUUAAUAAAAGUGGUGACGUGGUGCAUCAAUUCAUAGAACAAAAACAGAAGAUAUCAUUGUCAAAAGAGAGACGAGCUGCUCGAACUCUUGGUGUAAUUAUGGGCGUAUUUGUCAUUUGUUGGAUGCCAUUUUUCUUAGUGUAUUUGGUGUUACCGUUUUGCCCCUGGUGUUGUCCGACUAACCAAUUCAUUAACUUCAUAACAUGGCUUGGUUAUUUGAAUUCAACGGUUAAUCCUAUAAUAUAUACAAUAUUUAAUUUUGAAUUCAGGAGAGCUUUUAAAAGAUUAUUAGGUAUAAGCAGAUAA